AUGCCUCCUCCUCCACUCCCUGAAGGUUUUAGAAAUGUCUCUAAUUGCCCACCGCUCUCUCAAGCGCAAUUUUCUGCUCCUACUGAGUCAGCUGAGCACUCGCCAGGAUUCACUCCGCGACAUUAUCAUCCUGGUAGUUCUGAAAUUGAACUUCCACUGCCAUUUCGCCGCCGACCGGCGAUGCCCAACGGAACCACCGCCAGUUCCGGCCACAGCUUCCUUCUCUCUUCCACUCUGGCGAUAACGUCGUCAAAGCCGCCGCAUGACACCGCACCAGCCUUGACACACGACACCGUCGCCGCCGUUCUCUCAUCACCGCCUAGAUCUGCUGCAGCCGUCACCAACAAAACCCCAUCGCCGCCGGAGAAGAAAGCCAAGUCAGCUACUGCUCCGCCGCCAGCAGUCGCUGCUCCGGCUGCGGUGCGUCGGCCAGCUCCGGCCGCAGUUCGUCGCACCGGCGACCCCGCCGUCCGACCAACGAUAGCGGCGAUAACGCUGAUACAGCCGCAGCUCCCUCCGUUCGCCGCCUCUCAGUCCGUUUUCCACCGAUUCUGA